GAUGGAAAAUUCAAGAGAAGAGGGGAAACUUUCAACAUCAAGAUCGGUUUCAAAGGAGUCAAAAUAACCGACCUCGAGGGCGUGGAAGAGACUAAGGCAAAGGCAAAAAUAUUCAACUUUAAAGAACAACCAAUUAGGGACAGAAUUGCACAUAUGCAAGAAGUCCAAUCACACUUCAUCCGAAUGCUAUUUAAG